AUGGUGGAGAAGAAGGUUUUGGCUACAAUGAUGUUUGUCAUGGCUUAUGGUUUGGCGCUAACAAAUUUGAGUGAAGGUCAAAUGCCUGCUACAUGUGAUGAGUAUAAUCCAUUGUUUUCUCCUUGCGUGCCUUAUUUGGUUAAUCCAGACUUUUCCACUCCAACUUCAAGAUGUUGUGUUGGAGCUGCUCAACAGCUUACAAAAGGAAACAAUCCUGCAGCCUUAAAAAAGCUUUGCACUUGUCUUGAUGACACUACAGCUAAUUUAGGGUUUUUAUCUCAGAAACUGAUACAACUUCCAAAAAUGUGCAAUAUUAAGCUUUCAUUUUCUAUUGAAAAGUGUGUAAAUGGUUAA